AUGCCAGAUCUACAGAAAAUCAUUGCCCUUGUCGAGAGCAAACGGAAGACCAGUCUACCAUGGAAUCGACAGGAAGUUGUUCCACAACCAUACUACACCUUCAAGCCGGAAUCACAGUCAUGGAAACCGUGUACGACAGAGUCAGUAUCAGCGUCUGCCCACCCAACGCCGACAACAUUCAAUGUUCUCUCUUGGAACAUCGACUUCAUGCUUCCAUAUGAAGACCAGCGAAUGACUGUCGCUCUCAACCAUCUCCACGAGCUCACCACUCGCAACAGCCAUCCCUCCAUCAUCUUCCUCAACGAAAUGCUCGAAUCCGAUCUCCUACUAAUCCAAUCUCAACCAUGGAUUCGCUCAUCUUAUCACGUCACAGACCUUGACAAGGAGCACUGGGAGUCUGGUCACUACGGCACCACAACGCUUAUCCACCACUCCCUGCCGAUCUCACGCACUUUCCGCGUGCACUACUCUGCUACCAAGAUGGAGCGGGACGGCCUCUUCGUCGAUCUCACAUUUGCCAACCCCGACCGCACCAUCCGCCUCUGCAACACACAUCUUGAAAGCUUGAUCGCUGACCCGCCUCUCCGGCCUGAACAAGUCAAGACUACGGCCAAGUACCUCCACGAGUCCGGCAUCGCUGGCGGUAUCAUGGGUGGAGACUUCAACGCCAUACAGCCAUUUGACCGAACGCUGCAUUCCGACAACAACCUCAAAGACGCAUUUCUCGUACACGGAGGGAACGAGGACGACGAUGCGGGUUACACUUGGGGCCAGAUGGCGCCGGUGAAGCAACGGGAGAUGUUUGGGUGUAGUCGGAUGGACAAGCUGUUCUUCUGUGGUGACGCGUUGGAGUGCAUUGGGUUUGAAAGGUUCGGACUGGGUGUCAAGGUCGAAGAUAAGGCGGUGGAGAAGCAGCUGAUUGAGGUAGAAGGCAUGGAUGGCGGGUGGGUCACCGAUCACGCUGGUGUUUGGGGCGUCUUCAAGGUCAUCGGAGGAGAUAUCGAAAAGGUGGGUCAGGGAAAGAGCGCGGCGAAGAUGUGA